AUGACCCUGGCCGGCACCAGCCGCACCGUCAACGCCUCCUGGUCCGCCCACAGCGAGGAAAUCAACAUGAAGUCCGCGCUCCGUCGGGGCGAUUACGGCGCGCUCAACAUGUACGUCCAGGACAUGUACCCGACGCUGGGCCGCUGCUUCUACCCCGUGGCGUCCGCGGCGCCGGGCUCCCGGGACUUCGUCCUCGACGGCUGCCAGAUCGAUGUGAACACCGUCCCGGGCGGCGCCUCGCGGGAGGGCAACGACCGCGGGUUCAUGGCGGUCCACGAGGUCGGGCACUGGUUCGGCCUGGCGCACACGUUUACCGGAGGCUGCGAGGGCGGGGACCAGGUGGAUGACACGCCUGCGCAGGCGACGCCUUCGUGGGAUUGCGCCGCUGGCCAGGAUACCUGUCCCCACCUGCCGGGCGAGGAUCCCAUUUACAACUUUAUGAACUACCAAGCAGAGUAA